UCGUAGUUAAAUGCUUUUUACAAUUUUAAUUGUGUAGUUCUGUCGACUAUUCUGAUUUGUUUUCAAUUGGUUUCUACUACGGUUACAACUUAACAACUUUCAGGGCUCAAGUAGUAUACAGCACAGUUAACCCUUGGUGAACAUGCCGCAUCUUGGAGAAAUCCUUGUGAAACUGUAUGAAGAGUACCGCGGGAAAACUCCGAAACGAUUGAAGCUGAUCGAUGCGUACCUUGUAUACGUGCUCCUAACGGGAAUUAUCCAGUUUCUUUAUUGCCUCCUGGUUGGCACUUUCCCUUUCAACAGUUUCCUGAGUGGGUUUAUCUCAACUGUUGCUUCGUUCAUUCUUGCGACAUGUCUGCGGAUGCAGGUCAACCCGGAGAACAAGAGCCAGUUCGGCCACAUUAGCCAGGAGCGCGCCAUGGCGGACUUCAUCUUCGCGCACGUUGUUUUGCAUUUGGUCGUCAUUAAUUUUAUGGGAUAACCUGCAUUUGUGCAAUAAACUUCACUCACGCUUUGUGCUUUGGUUAGCCGCUUUCUUUACUGCCAAAUUUUGAUCCACGAUUCUUUUCACCAUCAGGCGGAAUUGUGCGAUUCGCCAUGGCAGUUUGUUAGUUUUCUGCGGCAACUAUUUCCGCAAUAAAAUUCAAGUCCGACUGA